AUGGACAUUUCUAUUAAGCAAAGUUCUCUUAACCUUAUUUAUGCUGCUGUUCGUACUUUUGUGUAUGCACAACCUAUUUUCUCCCAAAGAAGGCACUUCUGGACCAAAUUACAAGAGCUCAACACUCAGCAAUGGACCCCGUGCUGUUGCAUUGGGGAUUUUAACGAAAUUUUAGAGCAACAUGAGAAGCAAGGCCUCCGGGAUCAGCCAGAAUCAAGAAUGCAAUUGUUCAGGGAUUGUCUUGACAACUCUAACCUCAUGGAUAUGGACCUAAAGGGUUGCAAAUUUACAUGGUGUAGUAACCCUAGACAAGGUCAGGUCACAAAGGAAAAGCUAGACAAGAUUCUAAUCAAUUGGCCAUGGCGUGCUUUGUAUCCAAACUCUUCGGGUUUUGCCCUUCCUAUUGUCAGUUCAGACCACUCUCCCCUCUUAUUGCGCCUCAAACCCCUCCUCCGUCCAACCAAACUGUUCAGAUUUGAGGCUCUUUGGGUUGAAGACGAAUAG